GUCUCUCGAUGUCUCCUACUCCAAGCCAAAUCUGCGCCAUCAGGCUUACACUUACCAAGCAUAUCUUUCUCAUAUUUUACUAAGUUGUUUUCCAAAGUACCCUCGUCUGCUUCAUUAAUCAACUGCCCUCCCAGAAAUCAAACUUGGAGAGAGAGAGUAAAUUGAGUACCCUGCUUCUCUCUACCAAUGGCUACCAUGUCUGCCCUCUUCACCAAAACCUCAUACCCUCCCCACUCUCUUCCAAAAUCAUUCAAUACCCGUUUUAGCCCUACCCUCAAACUAUCGUUUGCGCCCAAAAUCCAAUGGAAACGAGUCAGAAUUCAAUCCGGGUUGAUCGACCCAGAUGGUGGAAAACUUGUUGAACUAUUCGUUGAAAAGUCGCAAAAAGAUGCUAAAAAGAAAGAGGCAAUUUCAUUUCCUAAAGUGAAGUUAACAAUGAUUGAUAUUCAAUGGCUGCAUGUUUUGAGUGAAGGGUGGGCAAGUCCUCUCCGCGGAUUCAUGAGAGAAUCCGAGUUCCUCCAAACUCUUCAUUUCAACUCGCUCCGUUUGGAAAACGGGUCGGUUGUUAACAUGUCGGUGCCUAUUGUGCUCGCUAUUGAUGAUUUGCAGAAGCAGAGCAUUGGCGAGUCCAAGAGGGUCGCUCUUGUUGAUUCAGAUGACAAUACUGUUGCCAUCUUGAGCGAUGUAGAGAUAUAUAAGCACCCCAAAGAAGAACGGAUUGCGAGAACAUGGGGAACUACUGCCCCUGGUUUACCUUACGUUGAAGAAACCAUAGCUGGAUCUGGAAACUGGCUGAUUGGAGGGGACUUGGAGGUGAUAGAACCAAUCAAGUAUCAUGAUGGUCUCGAUCAUUUUCGAUUGUCUCCUGCAGAACUCCGUGAAGAAUUCACUAGGCGCAAUGCCGAUGCUGUCUUUGCAUUCCAGCUCAGGAAUCCUGUGCACAAUGGGCAUGCUUUACUCAUGACAGAUACUCGUAGACGGCUUCUUGAGAUGGGAUACAAGAAUCCCAUCCUUUUGCUUCAUCCAUUGGGAGGCUACACAAAGGCAGAUGAUGUUCCACUUAGCUGGAGAAUGAAGCAACAUGUGAAGGUACUUGAGGAUGGUGUUCUUGAUCCAGAAACAACUGUGGUCUCAAUAUUCCCAUCUCCCAUGCACUAUGCUGGUCCAACUGAGGUGCAGUGGCAUGCAAAAGCUCGGAUUAAUGCAGGAGCUAACUUUUACAUUGUCGGCAGGGAUCCAGCUGGAAUGAGCCAUCCAGUUGAGAAAAGAGAUUUAUAUGAUGCUGAUCAUGGAAAGAAGGUGUUGAGUAUGGCCCCUGGACUUGAGCGGUUAAACAUCCUUCCUUUCAGGGUUGCUGCAUAUGACAAGACUCAGGGUAAAAUGGCAUUCUUUGAUCCCUCAAGGCCCGGAGACUUCAUCUUUAUUUCUGGAACAAAGAUGAGAACACUUGCAAAGAACAAAGAGAACCCUCCUGAUGGAUUCAUGUGCCCUGGUGGCUGGAAAGUGUUGGUCGAAUACUAUGACAGUUUGAGUCUGUCAAACAACGGCAAAGUCCCAGAACCUGUUCCAGCUUAGAUGGAGUUCAGGAUUUGCUGUGCCAUGCUUGUUAUGCCAUCUGAUUGGGAGAAACUUUGAAACUUAUUUAUCUCCAUCUUAUGGUCCAGCGUUUGUAUAGAUUCUCUGUUCAGAUCUCUAAUAAAAUCACGAGGCACUGGAGCAGGGACAAAAAUCUUGCCUCAAUUUGUAAUUAGAUUGCCCGCUGUGGCAUCUCGCUUUGGCACACUAGCAUGUGUGCUGGAUGCGUUGUAUCAUAGUGCGGCUGUGCUUCUAUUAAAGACAUAGUUGGGGUGUUUGUUUAA